AGAGGAGGAGGAAGCGGAGAGGAGCACGGAUACGUCGAGAUAUGGCGGCGUCUGGGGCGGGGAAGAAAUUGAAAGUUCACGGCCCGCUAUGAGUUGGUCGCUCGAUGGAGGGACAGUGAGUGCGGAAUGAACGACGAGGAGGAUGCUGUUGGUGACCGUGAAGAUGCAAGAAAGGACGAAGAGGAGUAGCGAAGCAAUAAAUGAAAGCAAUCAAGGUCGUCCCUCGUUCAUGCAAGGCUCUGCUUGCUCUGUCGUCCACCUCGCUCGCUUUCUCGUUCGUGCCAAGACCCCACCGACCCACCCGUCAUCUCGUCUGCGCACGCCUCAUCUGUCGAGACGGAGAAAGAAAGUCGAAGGCGCGUCCGUCGUGCAUCGUCUUGGAGCUCGAGCCCGGCGAGCCGCCCGCGGCGACGACGACGACGCCCGACCGCCCUCCCGCCGGCAGGACGUGCACCCGCGUGCCUGCCAGUGAGAGGUUGAGCUUCUUGAGAUGCAAGGCGAGGGGAAGAUGCGGGUGGUGCCGAUGGGAAGCAGAAAAACAAGCAAGCACGAUUGAAGGGACACUGUUGUCGAAGGCCAUCUCAUCCGUGAGGGCGCGACAGAGGCGCGUCUGUAGUGAGCACGGGGUGGUGAACAAGCGAAUGAGUGCAAGGGGCGGUGCUCGAUGAGCUCACGAUGACGAAACGAAGGCGAACGGUCCUUGGCGUCCUCUCUGGGUCAGCUUGGCGGGCGGGUUCAACGAGCAGCGAGCUCGCUCAUCAGGGUCCAUCUGUCCCAC